AUGGAAGAAACUGAAUUGAAUAAUGAUGAAUUAAGAAAAACAGUUUUUAAUUUAGACGGAAAUCCUAAGGUUGAUUAUUUCUAUAAUAAAGAUGGUUUAUUAUUAAAAACAUAUGGGUGGAUAGUUAAAAAGGCCUUAGGUAUUGUAUUAUUAAUCCAUGGGUUGAAAGGCCAUGCUCGAUUCACUUAUUUGAGACCAAAUGCAGAAGUGAUAAAUAACAACGAAGUUUUAGUGAUAGAUAAUAAUAACUACUAUGUUUAUAAUGGUAGUUGGGUUGAAAAAUUUAAUCAAAGCGGAUAUUCAGUAUACGCACUUGAUUUACAAGGACAUGGAGAAUCAGAAGGAUGGGCAAAUUUAAGAGGACAUUUUAAACGAUUUGGAGAUUUAGUUGAUGAUGUAAUACAAUAUAUGAAUCAAAUCCAAGAUGAAAUAUCAAAUGAAAAUCAAACGGAUGAUGAAUCUCAUGAUAUAGUAACAAAUAAAAAAAAAAGACUCCCUAUGUAUAUUGUUGGACAUUCGAUGGGAGGGAAUAUUGCUUUAAGGGUAUUACAAGUAUUGAAUAAGUCAAAAGAAAAAAAUCUUUCUAAAAUUGAAGAUACAGAAACCUAUAAAAAAGGUGAUACCCUGGUAGGUGAUUUUAUCAAUAUUUAUGACAGUGACAAUGAAGAUGAUAUUACAAAUAAAGUUGCUAAUGUAAGUGAACUCAUUGACCUUAAUAAUGUCUCUAAUGAUAAUACUAUAGGAAGUGUUGGUGAUACGUAUUGCAUUUCCAAUGAUAGCACAUAUGAUAAUGAUAGUGCUAGUACUACUACUGGUGGUAGUGAUAGCAACAAUACCAGUGUUAGUACCGAAGACAAUGUAAUAGCCAGUACGAGUACCAAAGACAAUGUAAUAGCCAAUACUAGUACCAAAGACAAUGUAAUAGCCAAUACUAGUACCGAAGACAAUGUAAUAGCUAGUACUAGUACCGAAGACAAUGUAAUAUCCAGUAUUAAUACUGAUGAUAAUGUAAUAUCCAGUACUAGUGCCGAUGGUAACAAUAAAAAUGACGAUAAAUAUAAUUGUAUGGACAAAUUAAAUAUUAAAGGUUGUGUAUCAUUGUCUGGUAUGGUGUCUUUCGAAAGAAUAGCACAACCAGGAACAAGUUUAUUCAAUUAUCUUUAUUUACCUAUAACACAUUUCUUAUCUUAUAUUGCACCUAACAUGCAAACUAUAUCAGAAUUGCCAUAUAAAAGUUUCCCAUAUGUUGAAAAUUUAUGUAAAGUAGAUAAGUAUCGACAUAAUGGCGGAAUUACAUUUAAAUGUGUAUAUGAACUUAUAAAAGCAAUGGGUGCAUUGAACGAUGAUAUUAAUUAUAUACCAAAAGAUAUUCCUUUAUUGUUUGUACAUGCAAAAGACGAUUGUAUUUGUUAUUAUAAAGGAGUAAAGUUGUUUUAUGAUAGAGUAAAUUCUGAAAAUAAAGAAUUUUUUCCGGUUGAAAACAUGGAUCAUUCUCUAACAAUAGAACCAGGAAAUGAAGCAAUUGUGGAAAAAAUUAUUGACUGGAUAUGUAAUUUGGGAAAGGAUAAUAAAAAUGCAAUAGAAAAUCAAGGAUAA